UUUGUGUUACAAGUUAUUGCUAUUCCAAGGAGAAGAAAUAAUGGGUGUGAAAGGAAAGUUGAUUGCUUCAAUUGAGGUCAGGUGUGGAGGACACUCAAUUCAUGAUAUGUUUCACACCAAUACGCAUCAUAUACCCAAUAUAAACCCUACUAAGUACAAGCAUUUUGAAAUUCAUGAAGGUGAAACCAUAAAAGUUGGUUCGAUUGUUAGCUGGAAAUAUAACCAAGAUGGAAAAGAAAAGUUUAUCAAGCAAGUGAUUGAAGUUGUUGACUCUCAGAAUAAAUCAAUCACUUGGAAAGUGAUUGAAGGGAAUGUGUUAGAGUUGUAUAAUUCGUUAAUUGUUAUCACAUCCAGUGAACACCAAUGGACUACAUUGACAUUUGUGUAUGAGAAGAAAACUGGAGAUACCCCCGAGCCCCUCACUGACUUUGGUUUUUUCCUUGAUGCAAUCAAGGAUAUGGAGGAUCACCUUAUCAAAAUAUAAGAAAUUUAUGAUGUUUAAUGGUUCAAUACAUUAUGUGUGCGUGUGUUUGUGCUUGUGUGAUGAGUAUUUUGCUAUUUCACCUAGUGUAUGAAAUAAAAUUAUAUGUUUGGAGAAUACACAUAUUAAUUAUGUAUGAAAACCAAUAAAUAAUGGUAUGCUUGUCAAUACCUAAAUAAGGUUA